CUGAACCAGCUGGAGGAGCUUCUGAGUGACAUGAAGGCUGAUGUAACCCGGCUGCCCAACAUGCUGUCCCGCAUCCCGCCGGUGUCAGGCCGCCUCCAGAUGUCUGAGCGGAGCAUCCUGAGCCGCCUCACCAGCCGGGGCAGCGAGCCCCCCCCACAGCAGCCUUUCAGCCAGGGGGGGUUCGGCUGCUCCCAGAUGUACAGCAGUAGCUUUGGGGGGGGCUUCAGAGGACCGGGGGCUCAGGCCAUGGUCAACUUCAGCCAGAUGCCUCUGGGACCCUACGUCAGCGUGUCCUCUAAUGGCCCUCCGCCCUCUACAAGCCAUCUGGAUAAGAAGUCACUUGACUCCUUGAGAGACGUGGCCACGCCUGACCUCAAAUCAGGCAAACCGAGUGAUGUCAUCUGCAUAGAGGACUAGGCAAGCUUUGUAAAACUGAUUUGAGGUCAGAAAAACUCCCAGGGAUGGAAUCUGUACGGAUGGCGGCUUCCCAUUUCCUCCCCCUUCUCUUUCUCCUGCUUCUUCUUGAUUUACAAUCAACAGUCCAGCUCUCUGAUUAAUGCAGAUGUAUCUAACCUAACAAUUGCAGUUUUAUCUUUCAAGGAUCUCAUAGUAGUAGAUAUCUGCUGUUGUUAUUGUGUGCUGGAGAGCUAAAGGAUUAGGAGGGAAAAUGAAGCAGAUUUUUUUCUGAAAGAGGAUUUUAAUUUCUCGCCUCGCGCUUCAAGGUGAAAUUUGAAUCUGAGAUUAUGAUGCUUUUGAUUGGGGCUCAUUCUAAUCUUCGACAUUCUGCAUACGCCAUGUUGCUUUCUCAUCCGCCUAUUCCCUGUACACUGUGACUUCGUCCUGACGGAGCUAAUUCCCUGUGAAGAGGAGUGGAGUUGAGGAAGACUUCGGUCAUCAUUUGAGAGGAGAUCAUUUUUCCUGAGGGCCAGUAUUGUUACUUUAAUGAAUAUGUGUUUUGUCAUUCAUGUAGUAACCAGUGGAUAUUGAUUUGAAAGCAUCAAAAACGCUCAUCAUGUAUGCAGUAGCUGGACACAGUCUGUCUGAAUCCUCUAAAGACUGCCACCCACUGGAAAUUCGGAGUAAGUAAUCUCCGCAAAACCUGCAGAUAAACUUGACUGCAGUACCAGCAAGGGUUUGGCUUCUUGUACUGUACAUACUCAGAGACUGCUGUUUAUUUUACCUCACAUAGGUCUAAUCAUAGUGAACAUAUGUAUACAGAAGCCUGGCGAAAUGAAGAUGGCGCAGAGAAGAAGAAGGUGCAGGAAUGGUUUUAAAACGCAUUUCAGAGAAGCAUUUCGGUGUAUGGUACAAUAUUUGUGAUUCUUCUUAUAUUUGAAUGUUAGUAUUGGCUGUAGAGCUUAAACCCCGGGGCCAUGACCAGUGGGACUGCACUAUAAACAGGAACUCUUCUGGUCUCAUCAUGCAGGGCUUUAAUGUUCGGGCCUAACUGAGAACACAGUGGAGAGUUUCUUUUCCCCCUCUUACAUACAUCCCAGGGACUUUCCCAGUUCCCUUUCAGUGUUAGAACAUAAUGAAAACACAUGUGCUUAUAGCAUAAUGUCACUUUAAGUCUAGUAUUUGUUGCAAAACUAGCUUUGCUUCGUUUUACGUUAGUUAAGAUAAGAUGUAUUUGGUGCCAUUAAAGAAGAUACUCCAGUAUGAUUUUGUUCUUGGAUGCAGUGUAUUUCCUCCACAGAGGUGAAGACCGUACUGUACUGUUUCUAAAGAUACAAAUAUUAACAGUCUAAACCUAUAUUUACAGGAAUAAUCUCACUUUCCAAGGACCAAUUUCUCUCAGCAUAACGUCUUCACUUCCUGUUUCGUGAGUUAUGUUUUGGCUUUUUUCAAAUGGUUUGUUGUUGCCUACUGCUUUACCUCAUGUGAACACAUGUUAGCAUGGUAUCGCUACAUAUCUUGUCCAUACUGUUAUGUGCUAAAGUGGCAGUCCACUAAGUGAAACAGUAUUUUAUAAACUGAAUCUUACUAUAUUUUCUUUAUUUCUACAAAGGCAUUUCUCGAUUGUGGACUUGUUUUUUUUUUUCCAAAGACAAGUGGCAUUACAUACAUGUUUGUAUUAUAACAGCCAUUGAAAGCACAUAUUUAUCUUUGUCGGGACGACGAUUGUGAUUGGACUAUUUCAAACUGAAGAGGUAAUGUUGUACAGAGUUGGUGAGUGUAUUUUCUUACUCUUCUUUUUGCAACUUCUUGUCCUGAGGUUCUUUUCCUCUGUCCAGUUUUCACUUACUUACAGUAUAUUGUGUUACUGGAACCCCUCUUAAAUUCAGUUUCAACACAUUCUCAGACUGAUUUAUUUUUUAAAGCAACAGGAAAUGAACCUUGAAGUGCAUCAUAUGAGUUUUUUGUGCUUUUCUCUGUUGGUGUUUAUCAGUGCUGUUUUGUUCAUGCCAUCUAUAAUCGACCAUGACAUGUAUUAGGUUGCUCGACGGAUAGAACCUCAGAAAAAUGUAAAUACUUGAAAAAAAAUUCAGAGAUAAGUCCAUCUCAAACAGAUCUACGUAUGGAACUGAAAAAAAAAUGAAUGUCUGCUGGAUGGUGUUGCCAUAGAGGGCACCGUAUGUGCUCAUUAAUCGAAAUCAUGUCCUGGAGUGACGAGAGAACGUCAAAAACACGCCACUCCAAUGAAAUGCAAUCAAACUGAAGUCAGUAUGAAUGUAAUGUCUCUUAGAAAAAAAAGGCUUCAGUCUAAUAUUAUAAAUAUGUUAACAAUGUAUGUACAUGCUUAUUAACAUGGCUUCAAAAGCUACCAAAAGACCCUGAUAAAAGGCACCUUUGUUGCAGCGAAUGCACAUGCGCAUGUGAAGCGUUUGAUCUAACGGUUCACUUUGGGGAGGCGUUAGCGUAUCUAGCAUUUACCGACAAUGAGCUCCAAGCAGUGUUAAAAGUUCUGAUAUUUGUGCUGUAUAGCAAUUGAAUGAAAAAGUGAAUUAUCAUCUUUUUAUUUGUAUUCUGUGUAUUUGUUCAAUGUGUUUUAAUAAAUCUUCUGGACAACA